AUGGGUGAUACGGCCUAUUCCGAUGCCCUCGAGCAGAUUCGCUCAUUAGAUAAAGACAUGCGGGAAGAUACACUCGCAAUUGUUCGAAUCAGUGAACCUAUCGGUUCAGCAUCGGACGGCAACACAACAGCAGAUCGUUCACCAUCGAAGCGUGCCUCAGACGUUUCUACAGAUGCAUAUGAUAAUCCGACGCCAGCUUCUCUGGAAGCUGAUUUAACUCACUACAAGGAAUUGUUCUCAAAGCUCCGGUUUUCCUAUCUAGAACAGGUCACGAAAGAGAAAUUUUUGCGUGCAAUUGUUGGUGAUCCACCUCUAGUUGUUGCCCAUAGCGAUAAUGUAGAACUGGAAGCGGAACUGGCGCAAGUGAAAGAGGAAUUGCAACGGAGGAAAGAAGAAGUUAGGAUGUCAGUAGAAGAGAUGGAAAAGAUGGGCAGAGACCUUGCCAAAAGAUAUGAAAAUGUACAGUUACAGACUACACAGCUUUCGGAGCUACCUUCUUCAAUUGCAAACCUGGAAGCAACUAUCGCAAAACUUCGUGCUGCCCAAUCAUCACAGCUUCAUGAACGGUCUUCUUCAUCUCCGUCCCAAAACCUCCCCCUUGAAGCUACUCUCCGACUGUUAGCAGAUAAAGACGCCGAAUUGACAAGUAUAAAGCGAACACUAGCAUCUGCGGAAACAGCGUUAGUCCGUAAAACGGGUGAAGCCGAAGCCCUCGAACGGGAGCUAGCUGCACUGGAAAAGAAGAGAAACGAGGUUGUUGCGCAAGCCAAAGAAGCACAGCGACGGAAACUUCAGGGAGAGAGUGACGGACUCGAAGAGAUGGGGAGAUGGUAUGCUGGGGCAGAACAGAUACUGAAGGGGUUGGUAUGA